UCGGUUUUAGAGUUUCCCCACACUUCCUCGGAAACUUCCGUCGUCGUCGUCGUGGUGUCGUCGUGUGUGUGGGGUUGAGUAACGGGUUCAACGAGAGAGAAGUACUUACUGCUCACAAUCUCGUGGAUGGAAUCUGAGGUUUACGGGUUUUUAGCGAAUUGAGAUUUAUUCUUCAGACAUACUUUUUUUUGUUCCGGUCUGAAUCAAAUUGUGUCUUCCUGUCCUGAUCCGACAAAACGAACAGAGUUGAAGACUUUCUCUUGUUUGGUUUCUCUCUCUUGUUGAAUAUGGGCUUGUUGAAGAAAAAGGAUUCAACUUCUGCUAGCUCCUCUACUUCACCCUGUGCUGAUUUGCGAAACGCUUACCACAACUGCUUCAACAGAUGGUAUUCAGAGAAGUUCGUGAAAGGGCAAUGUGAUAAAGAAGAGUGUGUUGCUGAGUGGGAUAAGUACAGACACUGUCUCUCGGAGAAUCUAGAUGGUAAACUUCUCACUCGCAUGUUGGAGGUCGAUGGUGAGCUGAACCCAACAAAGCAAAGCUGAUUCAAAAGAAUCCAGUUCGAUGAUACUUUAUGUUUCACCAUUACAUUUGUCUCUUUGAAACAGUUCCCUUGAGCAACUUUUUAAAAAAAAAAUAGGAAAGCAUACGAAUCUAUUACUUAGAAGGAAAUCAAAGUUGAAGGAGAAUGUCUUUAUUCUUUAUUUGGCACU